AUGAUCAGCACGAACAGCCGCCGCGGUGGUGCACGGCGUGCACUGGCCACGGCGCUGUGCGCUUGCUUCAUUGCAGCAGCUGCCGCGUCGGAGCUUAUCACUUAUGGCGACCGUGACACGCCCGCCCACUUCACGUACGUGUACGCCGGCCGCGACUGGACUACCCUCGAAGACUACCCGGUCUGCCAGGGCUCCAUGCAAAGCCCAAUCAACGUGCCCCGCGACACGGCCCUUGCACGCGUGCCGGCCGCCGAGCAGAGCGUCUUCCAAUAUGGCACCGUCCAGAGCGCCAACACGGGCACCGUCGUCAACAACGGCCACACGGUGCAGCUCCUGAUCCCCGCCGGCUUCGCGCCCUCCAACGCGUCUGUCGUCGUUGUCGGCGACUUGAACGCCACCAAGCCGCUCAUCAGCCAGAACGUCGCGCGCGCCACGGGCGCCGCCCUGACGCGUGUUCCCAUGAAGCCGCUGCAGCUGCACUUCCACACCCGCUCCGAGCACCUGGUCGGAGGUGUCUCAUACCCCCUGGAGAUGCACAUCGUCAACGCCGUCUCCCAGACUUCCGUCUCCGGCUGCCCCGCGUCCCCCGGCUGCCUGGCGGUGGUGGGUGUCCUGUUUGAGCUGGCCGAGGAGGGGGAGGAGACCGCCAGCAUCACGGAGCUCCAGAAGAUCUUUGACAGCGCCACAGACAACGAGGACACCAACGCCACGCUGUCGGCGACCACCCUGGACCUGUCAAACCUGCUGCCGACGGACCACACCUAUAUUACAUACGC